AGUUAUUUACAAAGGUUAAAUAUAAUACUAGAAAAACAACAUUUACCAAUGGCUUUUAGUUCAGAUUAUUCACCAAUUGAUCCAUUAGAAAGAUAUCAUCUUUAUAAUUCAUGUCAAAUGUUACAAUCAAUAUCUACAUUAUCUACAUCACAUAUAACAAUUUUGCUUUCAUAUGGUCAUAUUUAUCAUCAAUAUUGUUUACAAUAUAUUGAGAAUAA